CCGCCGCCGUGGACGACAACGCGUUAUGGCGACACUGAACGCCUUCGAUGUCUUGAUGAAGCGCAAGACGACAGACACACCCAUGAAAUCGACAGGAUUCAGCAUGGCAAAGGUCUCCCGCAAGAGAAGAAGCACGUAUCCCCCUGUGGUCAUGGAGGCGACGGAACCAAGGGUGGAUGUGGACCUGCCUAGGAAGAAGCACAAGCAACACCAACAGCUCUUUCUCGACCUGGGACAGAAGGACAUUGGUGAACGGACAUGCUCUGCUUGUGGACUCUUGUACAUGCAUGGAGUCGAGUCCGACGACCGAGCGCAUGCCCAAUACUGCAAGAAGUUGGGCCAAGGAAUUGUCAUAUCUGGGUGGCGAUCUGAGCGCGUACAUCGAACCUUGGACACAAAGGCAGCGCGAAUUAUUGAAAUCCGAGGCGAUGACUCGUCGGCACAUGUCAAGAAGUUGCUGCAGAUCAAAUCCUUGUUGGACGACGCACUCGGUCUCGUGGACGAAGGCGCGUUCUUGAAGCAAAAACACUUUGUGUACCUGCAUCAAAACCGCGUUGUGGGUGUCGUAUCUGCCGAAGACGUGGCAACGGGAUAUGAAUUGGACUCGUCGUCGGAGAUCGUCUCGAUCGAACCGUCAUCGCAAGGGCACAAGGUUAUGGUUGGCGUGAGCCACGUUUGGGUCCAUCCCUCGUUUCGUCGGCAACAGAUUGCCCGCGCAUUGGUCGACGUCAUGCGGCAAGGGUUUAGCUACGGCAUGACCAUUCCCACGUCCAAGGUCGCGUUUUCCCAGCCAACAAAUGACGGUAGAUUGUUUGCCGCGCAGUAUUGUGCCCCGCACCCGUUGUUGAUUUAUUCAAGUUAACACGUAUAUCUACUCUCGAGAGUCAUCGCGCUUCUUCUUACACUCUGCCAAGUACGCGUCAAAGUUAAACUCGUGUGGCUUCAGAUUGAACGCUUCGACCGUCGAGAACAGGUCGUCGUCGACGUAACGCGCGAGAACGGCGUCCAAGAGGACGGACGCUUCUGGCUUGUCGAGCACGUUGGCCACGUCGCCACGCACAAGCGCAAGUUCCUUCGACGGCACGAGGUCGUCGAAGAGGGAUACCGUAAGACACGGCGGCGCUUGGGCUGGGUUUUCGCGGUAAGCAUCCAACGUGGUGAGGAGGAAGCACUUGUCUUGGAACUGGGACAGCAUGGUGAAGAACCCUUCUUCCUUCGUCUCCGAGUUGACGCGAUAUACUGGGAAGACGAAGAAUGAGCAUUUCUUGCCCCGCGCGAUCAGCGUCUCCAGUUCUGCAGCAGUCAGGACCGUGGCCAGCGCGUCGGACUUGGCGUCAUGGUACUCGCCCCAAAUGCGUCGAAUCGCGUCUGGAGUUUCCUGCUGCAAGUCAUCAAGCUUCACGAGGGACUGCAGAGAUCGCGGCGAUGGGAAGUGGAACCCGCCGCCGGUUGAUGUGGACAUGGACCGGCGUGUCCACCCAUGCUGGAAUGUGCGUGCAAGGAACAUCACGAAAAU